CUGAAGAGCCCCGACGCUGCGCUUCGUCUCCGGGAUGAGACACUACACGGCCACCCCGAGCCGCGGCGGCUCCUGCGUGACGUGCUGCCAAGUUUGCAUCUUCGCCUUUACCGCAUUUCUCAUCGUUGCGGAGAGGACGGCGCUGAUCUACUGUUUUGUUUACUACCUGUGGGUGGGUCACAACUACUGCUACGCUUACCUGGCCGUGUUCACUGGACUCUUCCUGCUGCCAGGCUGGGGUCCUCAGUGGCUCAGCUAUCUGUGGUACCUGUCAGAUGGACGCAUCCGCAUGAAGUCGCUCACCUGGACACACAUUCUGCACCUGGGUAUAUUUCAAAGGCUGUGGGAGUGUAUGCGUCUGCAAGGUGAGGAUGUGUACGGUGACAUCAUGCAGCAGGCCGACGUGUCUGCCUUACGCCUGUUUGAGGCCUUGGUGGUCACUCUGCCAGAGACGCUGCUGCAGACCUACGUCCUCAUUUGCACCGACAUCGGAAUCAAAUCUCCAGCCUCAGUGUGUUUCGUGGUGUGUCUCAUCUCCCUGGCCUGGGCCUUGGUCCUGUACGCCAGAGCCUGUUCUCUCAUCAGGCCUGGCCACCUGCCGAUGACCCCCGCCGCCAUCCUCUGCAGACUGCUGUGGAGGGUCAGUAUGUUGGGAUCUCGAUUUGCCAUCCUCAUGCUCUUCACUCGUAUCUUCAAACAGUGGAUCCUGGGAGUCAUCGGUGUGCACUGGCUGGGUGCGACAUACUGGAUGGUGUCGCAGCAGACCGACAUCAUACGGUCGACGGGUCGAUGGAGACUCUUCAACCUCGUACUGGGAGCCAUCCACAUCUUCCUCUUCCUCAAUGUGAAGGACGGCCAGUCCAGAUACCGCAUGGCCGGGUUCUAUCUGGCCAUGUUCUUAGAGAAUGCUUUCCUUCUUCUGGCCUCCUCCUGGUUGUUUACCAUGGCAUCAUGGGAUACCGUGGGAAUCCCAGCCGCUAUCUUCUGCAGCUUCCUGAUUGGAGUGAUAGCGCUGGUCCUCUACUACCGUUUCCUCCACCCCAAGUCCUUUGAGAUCUUCCAGAGUAUUCGGCACCGGGGGAUUGGUGGAGCUUGCAUGGACCGUGGAUCUACACUGUCACUGGACGAGAAACCCACACCCACUUUAAAUCGCCAUGUGACACUAACUGGAGGCGGGACCCUGAUGGACCUCCCUCACCAAUGGGAGGGCUGGAAGCACCACCACUGGCUGCUGAUUCGCUUAGCCCUCAAGACGGGGGAUUUAGGUAAGAUCUGUUCUGCGUACGGCGAGGGAGGCUUGGCUGGAAUGAUGGGUCUGGAUGAAGCUGAUGCUCACUCGCCUGACAUGCCUCAGGUUCCACCUGUUCAGCCUCAGGUUCCUCAGGUGUCACAGCCGGCUCCUCAGCCUGCUCCACCACAGGAGACCCCGGCUCCUCAGGUGAGAGAGGAAGCCCCUCCUCCAAAGCCAGCUCUCAGCACGGUGGUGGCCCGACCGGUGAGACACGCCCGUCCCAUAACCAUCCAGGAGGUGAAACCCCCUCCAGAGCUUGUUCCUGUCCGGGAAGUCAUUCCCGAAGAGACCGGAGAGGAAGAGUCCAGCGCUCCACCGUCAGAGGACAAAGGGGACGAGGAGUUUCAGAGCGCUGCUUAUGGCUCGCCCACACCUUCAUCUCCUCAGCAACCAGGGAGCCUACGCCACAUCGACAGCAACGCUGCAACCCUCACCGAGGCCUCGUCUUCCGCCGGUUCCUUGGACAUCAAGACUCCUGGUUGGUCUCCCGAACGCCGCUCCCCUCUCCUCCUUAGUUCCCCAGAGAAAGCCCAAGCCAAUCAGGGAGAGUCCAACACCACGCUGUACUUCAGCGCUGAGGCACAGUCUCCCUCCAGUGGGAGCUAUCUCGGCUGGGGCUCGGAGCUGUCGCCCAUCUCCAGCUACCGAAGCCCGUACAGAAUCAGGGAGGCUCGUUUCGUCACCUCUACCCCGCGACCGGAGUCCCGAGCUGCGGGAGAUAGUCCAGGCCUGGCCCCUGUUGUGGUCAUCCCUGCCACUCCUGGUACAACGCCAGGUACGACCCCUGGUGGCACCCCUGGUGCUACAACCCCCGGUGCUACUACACCCGCCACCCCGAUCACCCCGAUCACCCCGAUCACCCCGCUCACUCCAGUCAUCUCACAUGCUCGCAAACAGAUGGUCCAGUUUGUGGAUUACAGAGAGAGGGCAGUGUAAAGAGGAUGGGGAGAAAUGGAAAGGAAAUUCUGGGUGGUGAGUGGGGAAUGAUGUUGAUGUCCUUUUUAGUGUAGUUAGUGCAUUAAUUGGGGAUAAACAUGAAUUAACUGAGUUAACUAAGGGAAUGCUUGGUGGGGAGUUGGGGUCCUUUUCACCUCCGUUCAUUUGAAUCAGUUUAGGAGGGAUAAACAAUCUAAUUUACUAUAUCUACCCCCCACCCCCACCUCCCUUCCUCCCUGUAAUGCAGACCAUGGUCAGAUAUACAGAUUGACAACAGUUAAAUUGACUACAACAUAAUACCCAGCAGGGACUGGAAUAGGUAAUUUUUCAUUUCUCAGUUUAGUACAACAUGCUCUAUUGCACUAUUCAUUAUGGAUCAAAUUCAUGUAAAAUUUGUUCAGUCAAGAAAAGAAACAUUGACAGAGAAGAAUUCAUAGGUGCUAUACUACAUAAAGUAGGGCCAACGACGGCCAUGAAUUUAAUUUGACCGUUGUGUAGAAAACCUUUUAAUGGUUACCUUUGAAAUAUGACAAACUAAAAAAAUGAAAUAAAAAUCUGAUGCUGUACAGUAAAUCCAUGCCUUACGGCCUAUUCAGGAAGUGAGAUCAGGACACCAGAUGUGCGAUGAUGUUUGAAUUACAUGUCAUCAAAACCACAAAACAUGUUAAUCACAUGAAUCAGCUGAACUAAAUUGUUGCACUCAUGCAUUCCCCUUGCAUGAGUGAAUUGGCCAUGAACAUGCAAUGGGGCAAUUCAAUUAAUUUAAUUAUGAAUGGGAUCUUUCUCACAGAAAACUGAAUCAGUCCCAUUGUUUUAGUAUUUAUUUUGGUACUAAAGAAGCACCCGACGCCCCCAUCAUUGUUUUUUGUUAAAACUGAACAAAUAACACAGUGACUUUGUGGUAAAUGAACCAGUUUACAGUGACCACAGUCUGCCAGGGUGCUGUGCAAAAUCUGCCAAAGCCACUUACUCUCCUUUAAUUGGUUGGGACAGUUUGCAGUAAUUAAAUCAAUCAUCUCCAAAAUGCAAAUAUAAGGAACUGUAUACAAAAUGGGAAUCGAAAUAUACAUUUAAAACUACGGGGAAGAUUUUUACUCGCAAAGGCUUAUUACUUUUUCGCAAAAUCAAUAGAAGAUGUUGAGCUUCCCGUCCAGUUAUUUAGCCAGUCAGUCAGUCAGUCAGUCAGUCAGUCAGUCCGUCCAUCAGUCAGUCAGUCAUUCACUGUAAAUAUAUGGUGGUGUAUACACAUUAUUGUCAUGUCCUCAAAACACGAAUACAUAAAGAUAGACUGAAGUCUUUUUUGCAGUCUGUAGAGUGGUAAAAAUAUUUUGAUAUGGCCACCUUUAUUUUCAGCCAGACAAAUGAAUAGAGGCAAAUGUUUGAUGGAAGUAAAGUUUUGUAGUUUUUAUUUUUUUUUCUUUCUUUCUUUCUUUGCUGUUUGUAACUGCAAUACUUUUAGUCAGCUGGCACUUUGGAGCAGAAAGGUACGGCUAAAGAGAAGUUCAUUGUUAACCACCAGAGUCGCUGUGGUGGUGUAUUUUUCAGUAGAUCUGUGUACUAUCCUGCUAUUAUAUGAUAACAAAUGACUUUAUCAAAGAGCGGUCAAGUAUUAUACAGCAUAAAGGGAAUAUUUCUUGAUUUUUUUAUUAUUAUAUGUAUUUUAGACUAAUACUCUUUCUAUUUAAUUUGUUUAGAGUCUGUUUACACCUACUUUAG